AUGUUAUUUUAUUUUUUGUUUGCUCACAAAGACAAUUUCUAUUUCCUUGAUGGUGCACUUGAUGCUUUGCUCUGUGGGAACAGCUCUGAUGCUGGACAAUGCCCAGAAGGAUUUGUCUGCAUGAAAGCUGGCCGAAACCCAAAUUAUGGCUAUACAAGUUAUGACACCUUCAGCUGGGCCUUCCUUUCACUCUUUCGCCUCAUGACCCAGGACUAUUGGGAAAAUCUCUUCCAAUUGACUUUGCGAGCAGCUGGGAAAACAUACAUGAUUUUUUUUGUUGUGAUCAUAUUCUUGGGCUCUUUCUAUCUCAUCAAUUUAAUCCUGGCUGUGGUGGCAAUGGCCUACGCAGAACAGAAUGAUGCCACCUUACAGGAAGAAAAAGAAAAAGAAGAAGAGUUCCAGCAGAUGGUGGAACAGCUGAAAAAGCAUCAGGAGGAGCAACAAAGACUGCUUCAAGCAGCAAAUAGCAGUUCUGCAGAAAGCAUUAUAGUAGAAAAAAAGAAAAAAGGAGAAUUAGAUGAAAAGGCUCAGAGUGAUCAAGAGGAACCAAAAGAUUGCAGUGGUCGAGUUAUCCCACGUUUGGUGUUGGAAAGAUCAGCUACAGUACGUGAAGUAUGUUCUCCAUGGACCAGGAACCAAAGAUAA